CCAUCUGCUGUUUAUUGUAACUGUCCAGUAAAGUAUUCGAUAUUUCCAACAGCUUCCCAAUACAGUUUAUUCAUUUCAGCGGCAAUGGCACCCAUGGCUUCAUCUGUUACUACGGAAUACAUAGAUGCACAUUCAAUUCGCCUUCAGAUCCCACCACACCCAGAAGCAUUCGCCUAUAUAUUCGAAUACGCAACAGUGAGCACAAGAUCGGAUGAGUGGUACUACGCGGGUUCAUCAGCAAAUCCGACGGUGACCUUCACGAUCCUUGAUCCCUGCAGGGAUUACAAAUUUAGGGCGAUUGUCGUGCUUCGAAGUUCAGAUCCCGUUGAUCAUUUUGUGAUAUAUAACGAAAAGCCAAUUCGUGUCGAACUUCCACCAUUCGUCCUCGCUUCUGAUCAGAUCUUUGAGGAGCCGCCUAUAUACAAUGCAACAACCGAUUCGUUGAAAAUCUACGUUAGAUGGACGCUACCGAGGGGAUAUUCCGAUUCGGAUAUCUAUGGAUACGAAGCUCCGGCAUUAUACCCUGUACAGUGUCAUGUAUCUGAAGAUGAUCUCCCGCAACCGAAAAUUGAGAUUGUGAAGGCUGGUGGUCGGCUGGUUGUCUUGUUACCGCCGUCUGUCCUCGAGGCUCGAUGUCGUCUAUGGGUAGAAGUUCGAAUGCUACCGAGAUGCGUUCGUCUCGAGCCCUUUAACAUCCAGAAGAAUAUAGAGAUCGAUUGCCGUCGAAACGCGGAUUGGGACAUCUGUAGAGAGAGUAAGUGA